GUGACCAUAAGUGUUCUUCUCAUUCGGAAUUUUACGAAAGUGGCAUUUCUCUAUUCGAGUCCGGCACGUAGAAACAAGCCUAUGAGAACUAGAGCGGUUGAGACGGAAGCUUCAGCUGUUACAGAAACUACCAGUAACUAUGUCCGCCUUUAAACCUGUAGAAGCCGAACCAUUGCCAAAAAAGUCCUCAUUUCUUACUCAGGAGCAACUCAAUUGGAAACAAUAUGCGCUUCCGGUAACCGUCAAGGAUUCAGGUCUUAUCCAGCACGUAGAUAUUGCCCCUGAAGAACCAUUCCAAUUCGCUAUCUCUGCAUCGAAUCGCAUCCAGAUAUAUAACCCGGCUAGUAGAGAUGUAACUUGUCGACUAACGAAAUUUAAGUUAAACGCGUUUGGAGCAACUUUUCGGGGGGAUAAUAAAUUGCUUGCUGCUGGUAGUGAUGAAGGCACAGUCAAGCUAUUCGACAUUAAGACAAAAGCACUUCUUCGUACGUUUGUGGGCCACAAACGCCCCACGCGGAGGGUGGCGUUUGCCAAUCAAGGUCGGCACAUUGUCAGCUUCUCGGAUGAUACCACGGUCGGAAUAUGGGACAUUCCCCAACAAACCCAGAUUUUAUCGAUGAAGCAUCAUAAAGACUACGUUCGUUGUGGCAAAAUAGCUCCCGGUUCAACGAAUCUACUCUUAACUGCCAGCUAUGAUCACAGCGCUGCUCUUGUGGACGUCCGAACCGGCGAACCGGCCCUACUUAUCGACCACGGAGCGCCUAUCGAUGCCGUUGAAAUGUUACCCUCAGGAAGCAUAUUCUUCACAGCUGGAGGCAAUCUUAUUAAAGUGUGGGAUGCUGCUUCUGGAAGAAAGCUAACCCAGCUUUGUCAGCACCAUAAAGCCAUUACUUGCCUCAGUGUGUCAUCGUCUGGAGAUAAAUUAUUGAGUGGGUCACUUGACCGUCACGUGAAAAUUUAUGACAUACAAAACUACCAGAUUGUUCACUCAGUUUCAUAUCCAUCACCGAUUCUCUGCAUGGCUAUGGCGCAAGAUGCGUCAGUAUUUGUUGUGGGCUCCGAAACAGGUUUGGUGACGAUACACCGGCGGAAAGACGUUCGAACUUCGAAUAGUGAAACAAGACCGGAAAACGAUUUAAAAAAUGUCCGGAAAGCGAUAUUUGUACCCCAUAGCGAUGAUAUUGUCCUAGACACAAAACAUUUUACACAGGCAAGCAAACUACAAAAUCAGCUAAGGCGAUUCGAGUUUACGACGGCGCUGAAGACUGCAUUCGCACAAGCAACACAAUGCAAUCGGCCGGAAGUUUUCGUAGCCACCUGCGAUGAGAUUGCACGGAGGCGUAUGCUUGACCAGUCUCUAGAAAAGCUCGCCGAAAAACAUCAGAAUGCCAUUCUAGAUUUUAUUUGUAAAUACGUCACACUACCUAGAUAUGAAAAUGUUCUUCUCGACUUGAUUGAAGUAAUGAUUCGGGUCCUCCAGAAAAGACGUGAAUGGGACGAUGUUGUUUGGUUAAAGCUGGAAGAGUUGACGCAUCAAAUUGAUCGAUUACAUUCAAUACAGGACGAGUGCCAGAAGCUAAUCGCCAUGAUCGAGACGAUUAAUACAAAGAAUAGAGAAAGUGUCAUAGUUCAACCGAUGCCACUUGAUUCAGUAUAGUCGACUGUCUAAGUUACUAGGAAAGAGUGUGCAUUGAUAUAAGAAUGACGCUUAUUGUAUAAAUUGAGAGACCUUUUUUGGUUUUGAAUAUCCUGUGAAUAUAGUACUUCGUAGUCGAACAGGUGAUGAAAUGGUAACCGCAGAUGAUGGUUCAUGGAUAAUUGAAAAGAACUGUGCUCAGUAAGCACCGGCAUUGUAAAAAAAAAAACAAUAAAUUGGUGAUUAGUUGCGGCCACGUCAAGAAAAAUUAAAUAAACUAAACAACAUAGAACAAGGUGCGACAUAUUAUUUCGUGUAAUCCGUUGCAAGCAUACUAGAGAGCUUAGCAGAUGCCUAGAGGCAAAUAGAGCAAAGAAAUUGUUCGAAUAUUUAAACCUCUUGAGUGAAAUAUUCUUAGAACAACGUGUAUUGUCUCCGUCCUCUGACAUUACAUUUCAAUAACCUUUUAAGCUACGUUAGUUCGAGUAAAAGUCCAAGUGUGCAUGAUGGUAAUAACAUGUUUGUAACACUGGUAACGGUUUUUUGCUGGCAUCAGCGUUUUUUGCCAGUCUCUGGUACCUGUCGUGCCUUUUCUUCUAGAAUAUCCAACGCAACUACAAUUAGUUUAAGCAGUCACAAGUAAAUCAAAAGUUCGGCGUAGUGCGAAUACACAUUUAAUACGUUAGCUUUUCUCUUUCAUUUACAAUAGGACACAUACAAACUAACGUAAGGUAGUUAAAACGUCUAUGCGGAAAUAAGAAAGGUAGGCGUUCAAAGAUUGCUUUGUUGUAAAUACAGAUUACAAGUUGUGUCAAUGAGUAAAGUAAGAA